AUGUCAACUAUCCAAAACCUCAAAACCUUUGGUAAGCCCAACCCCUCUUCCAGCUCACCCCUCGCCACUGCCGCCGCCGUCGCCGCCAACCUCAACACAAAGCGCUCAACCAUUGCGUGCCUCGAGUCCGGAGCCGAUUUCGAAGGCCGUUGGCAAAAAAUCAUCGGUAGCACUGUCGACAAGUCGCAUAUCGAUGAGCGCACGUCCGACCCCUUCGCGGAGGCCGACGACGACACUGGGGAAGCGAAGCAAUCCCAGAACUACAUCCACAUCCGCAUCCAGCAGCGAAAUGGUCGUAAGACUUUGACAACCGUCCAAGGGCUUCCCAAGAAGUUCGACCAGAAGAAGAUCCUCAAGGUCAUCAAGAAGAAGUUUGCUUGCAAUGGCACGAUUGUCACGGACAGUGAGAUGGGCGAGGUGAUCCAACUUCAAGGUGAUCAGCGCAAGGAUGUACAAGAGUUCUUGGUCGCAAAGGAUGGCCUCGAGCUUGACGCCAAGACUAUCAAGGUCCACGGUUUCUAA